GGAACCAGAGCCCUUGCCUGCUCUGAGGCUAAAGCUUCAGAACCUAGCCAAAGCUGGAGGACCUGAAGACCAGAGCCCAGAAACUGAAGUGAGGCUGUUCUCGGGAGUGACUGAGCUGAUAGAAGCCACAAGUGGGACGUGUAGCAGCAGCUGUGGUCCUCUAACCUGUGCCUGUGAGACACCAAGAGUGAAACUAGAAGCAUUGCCACCAGCAACUGGAGCAGUUACCACACUGAAGUUCCUCUGGCGAGGGGGAAAGGGAAUAAGGAGAAAAAUAAAGGCAAGUGAGUGAACAAGCAAGCCAGCAUCCUCGUGAGCGCGCACACUCUCGUGGAGGCUCACAACACCCUUCCUGUGCCUACCCAAGAUGUGUCAGUCAAAGAAGCAGCCAGGACCAGAGCUCCAAGCAGCAGCAAAAUGGUUGCACUUCCCCCAGCUGGCCCUACGGCAGAGGCUAGGCCAGCUGAGCUGCAUGUCCAGACCUGCUCUGAAACUGCGCUCCUGGCCCCUGACCAUCCUCUACUACCUCCUACCCUUCGGUGCCCUCAGGCCCCUCAGCCAGGUGGGAUGGAGGCCCAUGAGCAGGGUGUCCCUGUAUAAGUCUGUGCCAACGCGUUUGCUGUCACGGGCCUGUGGUCGCCUCAACCAGGUAGAACUUCCUUACUGGCUCCGGAGGCCAGUCUACAGCCUGUAUAUCUGGACCUUUGGGGUGAACAUGACAGAGGCUGCUGUGGAAGACCUGCAUCACUACCGCAACCUAAGUGAGCUCUUCCGGCGUAAGCUGAAGCCUCAGGCACGGCCUGUCUGUGGCUUGCACUGUGUGACCAGCCCAUCAGAUGGCAAGAUCCUCACCUUUGGGCAGGUGAAGAACUCUGAGGUGGAGCAGGUAAAGGGCGUAACCUACUCCUUAGAGUCGUUCCUGGGCCCUCGAGCCUUUACAGAGGACCUGCCCUUCCCUCCAGCCUCUUCCUUCAGAAACCAGCUGGUCACCCGGGAAGGGAAUGAGCUCUACCACUGUGUCAUCUACCUGGCCCCAGGAGACUACCACUGCUUCCACUCCCCAACGGACUGGACUAUCGCGCAUCGGCGCCACUUCCCAGGUUCCCUGAUGUCAGUGAACCCCGGCAUGGCCCGAUGGAUCAAAGAACUCUUCUGUCACAAUGAGCGUGUAGUCCUAACUGGAGACUGGAAACAUGGGUUCUUCUCCUUGACAGCAGUGGGAGCCACCAAUGUGGGCUCUAUCCGCAUCCACUUUGACCGAGAACUGCACACAAACAGCCCCAGGUACAGCAAGGGCUCCUACAACGACCUGAGCUUUGUGACACAUGCCAACAAGGAGGGCAUUCUCAUGCGCAAGGGCGAGCCCCUUGGCGAGUUCAACUUGGGCUCUACCAUUGUGCUCAUCUUUGAGGCACCCAAGGACUUCAACUUCAGGCUGAAGGCAGGGCAGAAGAUCCGCUUUGGGGAAGCACUGGGCUCCCUCUAGUCAGUCCUCUUGGUUAUGACUGCCAAGGGAUCUUUCCACACAGGAGCAUGAGGGUCUUCAGUGGAGCCCCAGGCUGCCUGUGAGGGCCAGUGUGGGGCUGACCUUAUAGGACCUGAAUGAUUUGUUCCUGCUUGUCCAGAGGUGCAGAGGAGAGGUUCUGUCAGGACCUAGGCCCCUUUACAGAGCGUGAGUGGGUGUGAUUUGACCCCAAAAUCAUUUUGAGGGGUGUUUUAAAAAUUUGUGCAAGCCAAACACCCCCCCCCCCAAUGCCAAACUCCUGGCUGUGUAUUGUGAGAAUGGUUAUGCACUACCACACCCUCUAGCUGCUCCCCACCCCCACCCCCCCCAGCCUCAGGGCCUCCCCUCACUGCACAGGGUGAGGUGCCUCCUGGGCACAGACUGUGGAUCUGUCUUCCUAGAGUAGGCCACAUGGCCUUCAUAACUGCUUUCUGUUCCCAUUUCACCUGCCUGCUUGCUGGAAAAGUAAAAUCAUUUAUAAAUUGC